GGUCGUAUGUGUUCUACGUUUUGGUUGUAUUUCCUUAAUUCCCCAUCUCAAUCAGAUUUUAUUGUCGCCAGUUUCGUUGAAAGAAGUUAUUGUUGUUGUUGUUUUGUUCGUGUAGACUGUCCAGAGUCCACGAACUUUUUAUUCAUACAUUCCGUUGUAAAAAUGGGUGAAGUUUUUAACUUUGGGGUUCACCCCAUUAGUUGUCAUUCAUGGAAUCAUGACCGCACGCAAAUUGCUUUGAGUCCAAACAGCAACGAUGUUUUGAUUUACAAGAAAUCCGGGAAGAAAUGGGAUCAUAUUCAUACAUUAAGCGAACAUACACUUAAAGUUACAGACAUCGAUUGGGCCCCGAAGACGAACCGUAUUGUUACGUGCGGUGCCGACAGAAACGCCUAUGUUUGGCAACUUACUAACGGGGAAUGGGUGCAAGAAUUGGUGAUUCUUCGUAUUAAUCGAGCAGCGACGUACGUACGAUGGUCGCCACAGGAAGAUAAGUUUGCUGUCGGAAGUUCAUCACGCAUGAUUUCCGUUUGCUACUUUGAGUCCGAUAAUAAUUGGUGGGUGAGCAAACAUAUCAAGAAACCUAUCAGAUCCACCAUUGUUUCGUUGGAUUGGCAUCCGAACAACAUUUUACUCGCGGCUGGUUGUUGCGAUUACAAAGCUUACGUGUUCUCGGCUUACAUCAAAGAAAUCAAUCCAAAACCUGGUCCUACAGUUUGGGGGAAGAAGAUGACGUUUGGAUGUUUGAUGCAGGAGUUUGUGAUGCCUUGUACUGGAUGGGUUCACGGAAUCGCAUUUUCAAACUCUGGCGAUUGUUUAGCGAUGGUGUCCCACGGCAGUGUGCUCUCUGUCGCCAAAGGUGGUGGAGAAUUAACAUCAAUCAGGACGGAGUUUCUUCCAUUUAACGAUUGUGUUUGGUUUGGGGAGAACAGCAUAAUUGCAGGGGGCCACGAUUGCAACCCUGUGCUGUUCAAAGUUGAAGGGGAUUGUUCAAAAGUUGCGUUCGCCAACAAACUUGAUCAACCCCCUAAAGGAGGGGGUGGGGGAAAAGCUGUGUCGGCCAUGAAUAUGUUUAAGAUGAUGGAUAAGAAAGGAACCGUAGAGGCGACUUCCACUGAUCUUACUACAAAGCAUAAGAACGCAAUCAUACAGGUAUGCGUGUACGGGCCACACCAGUUCUCAACAUGUGGUAAAGAUGGAAACGUUGUUGUUUGGGACAACAAGUCACUUGAAGCAUCUAUUGCUGGUCUUCGAAUUAAUUAAUAUGUAACAAUGGAGUGAUCAUGCCUAUUAUUACAUCAUAAUCAACUAUUAUUACAUCAUAAUCAACUAUACCAUUCAAGAAACAAUAAAGAGAAUGAACACAUAACGAGAAAAAAUAAAACCCAAACUCGGAA